GUUGAGAAAGAAAGACGAGCGUGGAGUGCAGUUAGCUGAAACCCCGGCCCUCGCACGUCAGCUGGAAAUAGCCGUUAUUUGGGGCAGGAGGAAGGAAAAGGGGGGAAGGAGUACCCUCCAUGGUUGCCAUGCGGAAGUGUCCGCCGUCGCUAGGGACGUGGGCGCGCCGGAAGAGGAAGGCCGGAACUUCCGGGUUGAGGAGAGCUGCGGCGGGCCGCAAGAAACAUGAGCUCAGGAGCAAAGAGGAGAGGAAGGCCCAACAGAGGAGGAGGAAGAGGAAGAGGAGGAGGAGGAAAAGGAAGAGGAGGAAGUGGCGGUGGAAGAGAAGGAGGCAGCAGUGGACGUUCAAACAAGCCUCAGCUUGGUGGAAAUAGGAAAUGUUCAACCAGAAUUUGGGAUGAUGGAGAUGAUUUUUGUCUCUUUGAGGAACCGAGGCUGGAAAUCAGAUCAAAUGUUUCUGCCAGAAGAGGAGGGCAAACGAAACAAAGACCUGAAGCCAAAAUGCCUCUGGAGACCAUACAUAUGACAACAGAGAAUCAGAGAAGAGUGAAGGAACUUCUUCGAGAGCUUCAAGGGCAGGAUCUGGCUCCUGAAUCAGAAGUAGCUGGUUCUGGUGAAGAUGACGAUGAACCUGAUUACCUUGAUGAUGAACAGUGCUGGUCAACAGAUCAGGAAGUUUCUGACAUGACACCAAGGUCUUCUGCUGAGGCAGCUGCCCACAAAAUUGUGGAAAGCGAAGUGUCUGCAUUUGCUGUGCACAAGCUCUCCAGGUAUGGCUUUGACAGUGAGCGUUGUAGGACUGUCCUGAGAUCCUGCAAUGGUAACAUUGGGGCAUCUUUAGAGCAUUUGCUAUUGCAGUGCUUUGCUGAGAGAUACGGAGACAAGAUGCAGAUUUCUGCAACAGCUGCUCAAACCAGUCAAGAAGAAUGUUUAGAACAGAGACAAGAAGAAGCUUUUGCCCUACGGUCAAUCUACGGAGAAAAAUUUGUAGAAAGAAUUCAAAACAGAGUUUGGACGUUUAGUUUGGAACUGGAAUAUCUAACAAACAGGCUCAGCAAAUCUAAACAAAAGGGUGGUUGUGCAAGGGACACGGCAAAGCAGACUUCAAAAGAAAUAUGUAAAUUUUAUCUCCAAGGAGGCUGCAAAUUUGGUUCAAAAUGCAGAUUUGGACAUGAAUUCCCUCCAAACCACCCACUGAGAUCAGCCAAGAACUCCAUAGACGAUUCCCACCUCAGAUCUAACAGUGAUGGUCCCAUAUACGAACUUGAAGUAAGAUUUCCUGAAGAAAACAAGUAUCCACUCCAGGCACCUCUUGUGGCAUUUUACACCACCAAUGAGAAUCUACCUCUUGCCUGUCGUCUGCACAUUGCUGAAUUCCUUUUUGGAAAGGCUUUGAUAGCUGCAGAGUCUAAUGAACCGGUGGUGUACGCGUUAGUGACUUCCUUAGAAGAUGAAUCUGAAAUAGGCGAGUUACUUGAAAACACUCACCACAAAUAUAGUGCUCCUCCUGUUUCCCAUCUGGCAGCACGUCCAGUAAAGCUGCAUACGGAGUCUGCGUCUGGUUCAAAUCAAAUAUCAGAAGCUUCAGCAGCAUCAGAGCCUCCAGAGGAAGAGGUGGCAGAAGAAGAGGAGGAAGAUGAGCCCCAACAAGUCAUUGUGGAGAAUGAGAGUUAUGUGAACCUCAAGAAAAAGCUUUCUAGAAAGUAUGAUGUGCACUCCAAAUCUACAUAUAAUGAAAACGUUAAAAUCUGUAUGCAAUUUCGUCUGAAAAAGUCUUCUAGACGCUUCCAGUCUAUGUUGCAUGAAAGGCAGAAGCUCCCUGCGUGGCAAGAGAGAGAAACUAUUCUUGAUUUGCUGACAAGCCACCAAGUUCUUGUUGUGAGUGGCAUGACAGGAUGUGGGAAAACCACUCAGAUUCCUCAGUUUAUUUUGGAUGCUUCACUGCAAGGCUCUCCAAACACAGUUGCAAACAUCAUCUGUACUCAGCCUCGCAGGAUCUCUGCCAUUUCUGUGGCCGAGCGUGUAGCCAAAGAGAGAACAGAAAGGGUUGGAGUUACUGUUGGCUAUCAGAUCCGCUUAGAAAGUGUAAAGUCCUCAGCUACCAGACUGCUGUACUGCACCACUGGUGUGCUGCUGAGAAGGCUUGAAGGCGAUCUGACUUUGCAGGGAAUUACACACGUUAUUGUUGAUGAGGUUCAUGAAAGAACGGAAGAAAGUGACUUCUUGCUGCUGGUUUUGAAGGAUAUAAUGGUUCAGAGACCAGACCUGCGCAUUAUCCUAAUGAGUGCCACCUUGAAUGCAGAGCUUUUUUCUCAGUACUUUCACUCCUGUCCAAUUAUUAACAUACCAGGUCGAACAUUUCCUGUAGAUCAGUUUUUUCUGGAAGAUGUGAUUGCAAUGACAAGGUAUGUCUUAGAGGACAGCAGUCCCUACAGGCGCAAGACAAAGCAAGAAAACAAACUGACAGCAAGACACAAAAGAACUGCAUUUGAAGAAGUGGAGGAGGACUUGAGACGUGCUGGCUUGCUGGAAGACACUGACACAGCUGUCAAGGAUUCAGACCCAGACCAAAAAUUAACUCUGAAGCAGCUGCUAAAACGAUACAAAGGGGUUAACAAGACAGUGUUAAAAACAAUGUCUGUCAUGGACUUGGACAAAGUUAAUCUGGAAUUAAUUGAAGCCUUGCUGGAGUGGAUAGUUGAUGGCAAACAUUCAUACCCCCCAGGUGCUGUGUUGAUAUUUUUGCCUGGUCUAGCAGAAAUCAAGAUGCUUUAUGAGCAGCUCCAGUCUAAUGCCCUUUUUAAUAACAGACACAGCAAGAGGUGUGUUGUUUAUCCACUUCAUUCUUCACUGUCCAGUGAAGAACAGCAGUCUGUGUUCCUCCGCCCUCCUGCAGGAGUUAUCAAAAUCAUCAUCUCUACCAACAUUGCAGAAACAUCUGUCACCAUUGAUGAUGUAGUCUAUGUGAUUGAUUCCGGAAAGAUGAAAGAGAAAAGAUAUGACCCGAGCAAAGGAAUGGAAAGUCUGGAAGACACGUUUGUGUCCAGGGCCAAUGCUCUGCAAAGGAAAGGACGAGCAGGCCGUGUGGCCUCAGGUGUCUGCUUCCAUCUUUUCAGUAGCCAUCACUAUAACCAUCAGCUCAUAAAACAGCAGUUACCAGAAAUACAAAGAGUGCCCUUGGAGCAGCUUUGUCUAAGAAUUAAGAUUCUGGAGAUGUUUUCUGCACAGAGCCUUCAUUCUGUUUUAUCACGACUAAUUGAGCCCCCUAGAACUGAGUCUUUGCGGGCAUCAAAGCUGCGUCUACAAGACUUGGGAGCAUUAACUGCAGAUGAAAAGCUCACUCCUCUGGGAUAUCACUUGGCUUCCCUGCCUGUUGAUGUCAGGAUUGGCAAACUAAUGCUGUUUGGCACCAUCUUCCGCUGCCUGGAUCCUGCACUCACAAUAGCAGCCAGUCUGGCUUUUAAGUCACCCUUUGUGUCCCCAUGGGAUAAAAGAGAAGAAGCAAACAAAAAGAAGUUGGACUUUGCAGUAGGAAACAGCGACUAUCUGGCUCUUCUUCAGGCAUAUAAGGGAUGGCGUUUAAGUACCAAAGAGGGCUCUCAGGCAAGCUACAACUAUUGCAGGGAGAACUUCUUAUCAGGAAGAGUUCUUCAGGAAAUCGCCAGUCUGAAAAGACAGUUCACAGAGCUGCUUUCUGAUAUUGGAUUUGUGAAGGAGGGGUUAAGAGCCAGGGACAUUGAGAGGAAGUGGUCCCAGGAAGGCGAUGGUGUCUUGGAUGCCACAGGAGAAGAGGCAAAUUCAAAUGCGGAGAACAUCAAGCUGAUCUCAGCUAUGUUGUGUGCUGCGCUGUAUCCCAACGUUGUCCAGGUUAAAAAGCCAGAGGGCAAAUAUCAGAAGACCAGUACAGGAGCUGUCAAAAUGCAACCAAAAGCAGAAGAGCUGAAGUUUGUUACAAAAAACGAUGGUUACGUUCACAUUCACCCUUCAUCUGUGAAUUAUCAGACCAGGCACUUUGACAGCCCCUACCUGGUGUACCACGAGAAGAUCAAGACCAGCCGUGUGUUCAUUCGAGACUGCAGCAUGGUGUCAGUGUACCCGCUGGUCCUGCUGGGAGGUGGGCAGGUUCACAUGCAGCUGCAGAAGGGAGAGUUUGUCAUUUCCCUCGAUGACGGGUGGAUACGGUUUGUGGCAGCCUCUCACCAGGUAGCCGAGCUGGUGAAAGAGCUGCGCUGUGAACUUGACCAGUUGCUGCAGGAUAAAAUCAAGAAUCCCAGCAUGGAUUUAUGCAUGUGCCCUCGUGGGUCUCGCAUCAUUGAAUAUGGUGCUGAUCUCUGGAAGACCAAGCUGGCAGUGAUGCUGUUGGCUGGUGUGGGUUUUUAUUUUCACAGUUUGCAGAGAGCUUGCCUGUUGAUAACAGCAUGCCUUACAGUAGGAAACAGGAAAAUGGCAAAUUCUGCAGGAGGAAUAGAAACCAACUAUAAGAGCACAUUUUUCUGUGAAACUGCAUUGGCAGUAAGGGGUUUUGGUCACAAAACUGCUACACAGCUGCUUCUUUUAAUAAUAUCUGAAAGCAUCUGCUCUCAAAUUGGUUUAAACUUAAUUCUACAUUUUGAGCAAGAGUUCACUGAGGCAGUUGGUCUUUAAACUAAAGCCCCUAAAAAGGGAGACUCACUGUAAGAGUUCAGUUGGACCGACUUCCUGGAUCAGCAGAGAAUGCUGUGGCUUAAAUGUAUUACUGCAGGAAAAGGUGGGUAUUUCCCCUGAAGGAAAGGCUUUUCAGGCCUCCUGAACUGUGGAACACAGCAGAGAGAGGGGACUGCUGUAGCCCCCUAAAAAAUUACUUCACUGGAACGUACUGCUGGUUGUUAAAUGCUUCUAGGGGGUGGUAUUCCUCCUGCCACCACUGUAGCACUGACUGGGGGAGAGGAGGGAAUUUUCAUCAGUCUUGCUCUGGGGAAGCACUGUUAACAGAGAAGCGCAAAGACUGCAAUAAUAAUGAAAUAGUACUAUUUCCUUUAUCAUACUGCUGGUUUGUGAUGUUUAGGGUUUCAGAAUUGGAACUGCUCGAUGUAAUGGCAGUUGCAAAUGGUAAUAGCUGACUUUGCUGUCAUCUGUGGUAGAAAAACAGCAAACACCAUCUCUACCACCAGACGUGCCUUCUAGUAGGCUUCAAGCUGAGGAAUAAGCAGAAGCGAGCACUUCUCUACAGUUAAGUAUGUGCAGAAGCAGUUUAGAAGAAAAAGGGCAUAAGCUGUACUAAGGCUACUGCUACAGUAGGACAGGUUCUGCACUAUGCGGAGUUGCAGAAGACUCUCUUGUACCUCUGCCCACACCUUGUCAACAUGUCAACAGUAGCACCAUAUUCUGUAGCUGUAUACCUGGAUGCUGCUGCUUGGUUUUUCUGAGGUCUGGCAAAGAGCUGCUUAAAGCCAACUACUCUUGUGGGAAUUUUAUAGCACUUCAGAGAAGUUCUCAGUGUGUUGUCAAGACAGUGUGCAACCAUUAGUUUAUGAGGUGGCACCAUCAGAAGUGAUGCUGCUUCUGUGUAUAGCUGGCAGUCACUCCUGUUCAGGGUCAACAAACAGCAGCUACGUGCGGGUUGGCUGCAGAGUGCAAUAGGAACAGAUCCCAUUUCUCACUUUGGACUUUUGUACACUUUCAAAAUCAUAUCCCUCUUCAAUAAAAGGAUUUUGCAACCAUCAA